AUGCAUGGUCUAAUUUAUUCGCAGUUAAUUGGCGACGUCGAUAGUAGUGUUCUAAAACGAUUGCGUAUUGCGAAACCAUAUGGAUCGGAUAUUAUGAUUAAAAAGAUUGAAUCUAUAAGGUUCAGGAAAAAUGAAACUGGAAUUAUUUCUUACGAAGAAAAAUUGGCACGACUGAAAACGGACGUCAUUAAUGGACCGAAUCAUGUUUUUAGAGAUCAUGACAAUUGCUCUAAAUAUUUCUGCCAGGGUAAAAAAAAAGAUGAACAAAACCAUGUACUUGACUUAAAAAGACUCGGACUUUGGGAUGACAUUUGUAGAAGAAGACGUCGCCGUCUUUUUAGUACGCCAACAAACCGAUCGACCAAAAAUACAUCCGCCGGGCCAGAUGAAGAAUACGGAAAUGUAGUGAAUGACCACGACCCAUUGUCAAAUUUAACUGACACAGAGUACUCUCAAUUAGAAACGGCAUUUUUAAAUAAAUUAAAACUGACGGAGAAUGAAAUUUGGUCUUUAGAAGAUAGGACAAAGAGACAACAUCAAUGUGAUGAGUGGCAUUUAGAACGUAAAAAACGAUUAACAGCUUCAUAUUUUGGCAAAUUAUGCAAAUUACGCGAAUCUACUUCACGUGUAAAUAUUGUAAAUGAAAUGUUAUUUGGAACUUUUAAAGGAAAUGCAGCAACUCGGUACGGAAUAGAGCAUGAAAUGAUUGCCAUCGAGCAAUUGGAAAAUAAAAUCAAUAAAAAAAUUGUACCAUCAGGGUUGAUAGUAGAUUUAAAUCAGCCAUUUUUAGCUGCAUCUCCUGAUGGAUUGAUCGGAUCAGAUUCACUUGUUGAAAUAAAAUGCCCAGCAAGUGCCAAAGAUAUGACUCCAGAAGAAGGAAUAAAUAGAUUUUUAUUCGAGAAAAUUAAAAGAGACGAUAGUUUUUGGAAUGACAAAAUGGCAACUCAGCUUACCACAUUUUAUAUGGACUUUCUGUUAAAACAGUUAAUAAAAGAUGAAUAUUAA